UACGUUCGAGUGUGGGACGGGUUUCCGGUGAGGUGGCCUCCUCUGUGGGUGUGGGGUCGGUUCCUAGAGGGGGGAUGGCUGAUGUUAGGGUGGAGGUGGCGGGCUCUGCCCCGGAGUCGGGGGCCACUGGGCCCUCACAGAGCAGCAGCAGCAGCAGCAGCAGCAACAACAACCCACUGGCCAGGAAGCUGAACAAAAUCCUGGAGACCCGGCUGGACAACGACAAGGAUAUGCUAGAGGCUCUUAAAGCCUUGUCUGUGUUCUUCACUGAAAAUAGUUUGCGUACCAGAAGAAACCUGCGAGGCGACAUAGAGAGACGCAGCUUGUCCAUUAAUGAAGAAUUUGUACGUGUGUUCAAAGAAGUCAAAGAGGAACUCGAGAGUGUUCAUGAAGAUGUCCAAGCAAUGAGUGCCUGCUGUCAGGAUAUGACCAGUCGUUUAAAGCUAGCAAAGGAACAGACACAAGACCUGAUUAUCAAAACUACCAAACUUCAAUCAGAAAAUCAACGAUUAGAAAUCAGAGCUGAAGUGGCAAAUGCUUUCUUGUCCAAGUUUCAACUAACUGCAGAUGAGCUGAAUACUCUUCGAGGCCCAAGAGAGGGACCGAUUACAGAGGACUUCUUCAAAGCACUUGGAAAAGUGAAACUAAUUCACAAUGAUGUGAAGGUUCUUUUACGAACAAACCAGCAAACUGCAGGUUUGGAAAUUAUGGAACAGAUGGCACUCCUCCAAGAGACGUCGUAUGAAAAACUUUACAGAUGGGCACAAGCUGAAUGCAGAACUCUUACACAGGAAACCUGUGAUAUUUCUCCAGCACAAACUCAAGCAAUGGAGGCUCUGCAGGAUAGACCUGUACUCUACAACUACAUACUUGAUGAAUUUGGAACAGCAAGGAGGAGUGCAGUAGUUCGUGGUUUUAUAGACGCUCUCACCAGAGGUGGACCUGGUGGGACUCCUCGGCCAAUUGAAAUGCACUCUCAUGAUCCUUUAAGGUAUGUUGGAGAUAUGUUGGCAUGGUUACACCAAGCAGCUGCUUCAGAGAAAGAACAUCUUGAAGCUUUGCUGAAGCUCGUAACUAUGCAAGGCGUGGAAGAAAAUAUUCAGCAAGUAGUAGGACAUAUCACUGAAGGAGUAUGCCGACCUUUAAAGGUCCGUAUUGAACAGGUUAUAGUAGCAGAGCCUGGUGCAGUUUUAUUAUAUAAACUCUCCAAUCUUCUCAAGUUUUAUCACCACACUAUCAGUGGAAUUGUAGGAAACUGUGCUGCCACUCUGCUGACCACAAUUGAAGAAAUGCAUGUUCUAAGCAAGAAAAUGUUCUUCAAUAGCCUGGGUCUUCAUGCCAGUAAAUUAAUGGAUAAGGUUGAACUACCCCCGCCUGACCUGGGACCUACCACUGCUCUGAAUCACACACUAUCCCUCUUGCGUGAAGUUCUUUCCUCUCACGAUUCAUCAGUUGUACCAAUGGAUGCAAGGCAAGCAGAUUUUGUCCAGGUACUUUCCUGUAUAAUGGACCCACUAUUACAGUUGUGCACUGUAUCUGCCAGUAACCUUGACACUGCUGACAUGGCAACCUAUAUGGUAAACUCUCUGCACAUGAUGAAGACAACUUUAGCUCUCUUUGAAUUUACUGAUAAGCGCCUUGAGAUGCUUCAGUUUCAGAUUGAAGCCCACUUAGAUACUUUAAUAAAUGAACAGGCCUCGUUUGUAUUAACCAGGGCAGGGCUAAGUUAUAUUUACAACAGCGUACAACAACACAAACCAGAGCAGGGUCCCUUAUCCAGUCUUGCCAAUAUGGAUGGUGGAUCAUUGAAAGCUGCAAUGGUCCAAUUUGAUCGAUAUUUGUCUUCUCCGGAUAGUCUAUUAAUGCCGCAACUGAAUUUCAUUUUGAGUGGAACACUAAAGGAGAAGAUUUUCAAGCGAUCCACCGAGCUUGUGUGUGGUGCCUACAAUGACAUCUACACAGCAGUUAUGAACCCUACCAAUGAGUACAAGGAACCAACAACAAUUCUGCAAAGAUCCCCACAGCAAGUGCAGACACUGUUAUCCUAACAACUUCUAACUGGUUUUGCCUUUGCUGAUCACUGUACAUUAUGUAUUUAGCUCUCCCUUUUAAAUUAAAAUUUGAUUUGGUUUUCGUCAAUUUGUUUCUAUGAUGAAUUUUAGUUUUUUUUCCCCCAUUUGAUUUGUGCCAGAGAACCAUCUUAACAUUGCCGGGUGGGAUUUAAUCAUAAUCUGAUUUUCAGAGAUUAUCAUGUGUUUGGAGGGGAAGACUGUUCUGAUUACUUUGUAUUUGGUGCACUUUAUAUUUAAAAGCAGAUUUGCACCGUUUUCCUACUAUUAAAAGAGCCACUUCGUAAAUGGAAACUGCCAUGGCUGCAAACUGUUUAAUAUUGUCCAUACUAAACCAACAAAUGUAGCAAUUGCUGUUAUUUUCAGUUUCAGUGAUUAGGAAUCACUGUACAGUUAAAAUCAAUUGCAAGGCAAGAUGAUACCUCAAGAAAGAACAGAAGGGGAAGUUAUUUGCAAAUCAUUUUCCAGCUCAUUUAAAUUUAUAGUAAGAUAGGGUAAACCAAAGGAAAUUUAAAAAAUUCAUUUUCACCAGAAAAGUGACCUUUUAAUUGCAACUUAGCUUUUGUAUUCAUAUGCAACAAAAUUUCCCUGUUUAAAAUUGAUUGAACUUAAGAAAACUGUAUGGGUCUUCCCCAGGUUACAGCAUAGUUCCAUUUCUGAGAACUGUCCAUAACCCAAACAGUUCACAUGUCGGAAAUGUGGCAUUGAACAGAGUUCCCACACGGCAGAAGAUGCCUGCAGCCCUGCAGCAACCAACACAUCCAUCCAGCUGUUCUCCCAUAGGCCAAUUAUGCUGUACAUAUACAGUAUUGGGCAUUUGUAAACUGGGGAGAACCUGUAUGGUGGAAAGAAGAACAAAGUUCUAUCUUAAGUAAAAGUUAGCUCAAUAUUCCUGUUCAAAAAUUACCUUCAAAACUGAAAUUACAGAAUUAUUUUGUAUACAUCACUUAGCACUACUUGAUGACAGAGUAAGUAGUAAAACAGACACUGAACAAAAUUUUGUUGUCAUUUUGUCUGUUGUCUAUGGCAGCAAGUGGGAUUUAAUGUUUCAUAUUGUGAUUAUAAUGCAGCAUAUCAGGAGUUGGAAUUAUAAUUAUUUGAAAGAGAAGAUUUGUGAAAACAUUUCUAAUUUUCCGAAUGGGUGAAGGCUAAGACCACUAUAGGUUGGCAAUGGGAAACCUGUGUUGUGGAUCCAGCAAUUAUGGAUCUGUCCGGAAAAUUAGUCAAUUAUUGCUGCGGAUGGAAUUUAAUGUUGUUGCUGAAAGUUUGCUGCUUUAGAGUUGAUCAUCAAAGCCAACAUUCCAUAAAGGCAAUCACCAUUCCAAAAACAACUCCAACAGUGCUUCUGGUGGUGUUGGUGGAGGGAAAUGCUCCCUUUGUUCUUUUUUUCUUCUUGUCACCUAUGGCAGUUAUGCUGUCAAAAAUUGUAAGGGAAUCUUUGUAAAAUAAAUAAAUAGAUUGCAAAUGA